GAGGGUGAAGCUCCAAGCAGUGAAACUGGCACAUCCUUGGAUAGCCCAUCAACUUACCAUCAAGGACCUAUAACACACAGUUCAGCCAUAAGUCCAGACCAUUACGAUCAUUCUGCUUACGGGCUGUACUCUGUCUCCCCUGGACAACAAAGAUCUCGGAGGCCGAAACUUCAGCACUCAACAUCCAUACUGCGAAAACAAGCAGAGGAAGAAGCUAUUAAAAGGUCAAGAUCACUUUCUGAGAGCUAUGAACUCUCUUCAGACCUACAAGAUAAGCAGGUGGAAAUGCUAGAACGGAAAUAUGGAGGCCGUCUCAUAACUAGACAUGCUGCUCGUACCAUACAAACAGCUUUUCGCCAGUAUCAGAUGAACAAAAACUUCGAGCGUCUUAGAAGUUCUAUGUCUGAAAAUCGUAUGUCAAGACGCAUUGUACUGUCCAAUAUGAGAAUGCAGUUUUCCUUUGAAGGACCUGAGAAAGUCCACAGCUCUUACUUUGAAGGAAAACAAGUUUCUGUUACAAAUGAUGGGUCAAAGCUGGGAUCCCUGGUACCGUCUGAAUGUGGUGACCUUGGAGAGUCGGCUACAAUGAAGUCUCCAGCAGCAUCUACUGAUUUUGCUGAUGCUAUAACAGAACUGGAGGAUGCUUUUUCCAGGCAAGUGAAAUCCCUUGCAGAGUCCAUUGAUGAUGCACUGAAUUGCCGUAGUUUACACUCUGAUGAAGUCCAGACUCCGGAUCAAGUCAGAAGUCGUGAAAUGGAAAGGGAUAGUUGUGCUCAAACUAAACCAGCAAUUCACAAUGUGGAUCACAGGAAGCUUGACGAGAUGACAGCAUCAUACAGUGAUGUUACGUUAUAUAUUGAUGAGGAAGAGUUAUCUCCGCCCCUUCCCCUUUCCCAGUCAGUAGACAGACCGUCCAGCACAGAAUCCGAUUUGAGGCUCCGGUCUGUGAACUCUUCUCAAGAGUACUGGUCCAUGACCCACAAAGACGAUAAGCUAGACACUGAUACGAGCUGCAGGAGCACCCCAUCACUGGAAUGUCAGGAACAGAGGAUAAGAAUGGACCAUCUACCAUUGCUAACCAUAGAGCCGCCCAGUGACAGUUCAGUGGACUUGAGUGAUCGCUCAGAGAGGGGUUCAUUAAAGAGACAAAAUGCGUAUGACCGGGGGAUCACUAGUCAACAAGGAAGCCCCAAACACAUCCCUCACAGUAUUCCCGCCAAGAUUAUAUCCCGAGAGGAACAGGAGGCAAGACACAGGGCUAGGCCUAUAGAUAGUCAUUUAGCUAUCAAUGGCACGGCCAACAGGCAAAGCAAAUCAGAGUCUGAUUAUUCUGAUGGGGACAAUGACAGCAUCAACAGCACUUCUAACUCUAAUGAUACCAUAAAUUGCAGCUCAGAAUCUUCUUCUAGAGACAGCCUAAGGGAGCAAACCUUGAGCAAGCAAACGUACCACAAGGAAACUCGCAACAGCUGGGAUUCCCCCGCCUUCAGUAACGAUGUUAUCAGGAAACGCCAUUACAGGAUUGGACUGAAUCUUUUUAACAAGUAA